UAUUGCGUCGAACAAAUAUUCUUCCGUAGGUGCUUUUUCGAGAUUAACGCUAAGACAAGGGCUUCGUGCUAUUUACUAGCGAGCAAAGGCGAUGUGAGAUUGCUAUUUGAAACGGAUGUUCUUGAGCGUUUCGUGCAAUGAAUGCGUUAUCAUACUUUAUUUUUUUCUGCUGUUUUGAGGCAGCGUGGAGCGCUUGUGCUACAGAAGAGAAGCCUGAUCCAGAUUUCAUUCAAUGCACUUUUCUAAACGUGGCAUUGCAAGAGAAUGGUGGAAAUUCCUCAGCUAUCGUGGGCGAUCAAGAGCAUUCCUGUCCUCGCCUUACCGAUGGUAAAACAGAGGACGCACAAGAUGGCGACAAGAAUUCAAACAAAGUGUUGAAGAUCGCUUUUGCGAGGCCGUAUCUUGUUGACACUGUAAGAAUCACGGAGUCUGACGAUGGCGCCCAAGCCGAGUGGAUCACAAUCAGCUUUUCUGAUGGAUCAAAAGAAGAUAUAACUCUAUUACCAGGAUCCACAGAACCAGAGGAAGUCUCUUUUGUCCCUCGUGUUGCAUCAUGGGUGAAAUUUACCGUUCUGAGCCAGUAUUCGGAAGGCGGUAUUCGCUUCACAGAGAUCGAAGUGUACAAUGGCGCCUGUGUUGAUGAAAACGUUUGCACUUUCGAGGAAUUCUCCGAUGGGGCGCUACAAUCACAACGUCACGUCCACAGCGAAGUAUUUUCGUUUCUCAAACAAGGCAAAGAUAAGUUGGACAUUAGGCUUGGCAACUCCUUAGACAAACUUGUCUAUGUUAUACCUAUUUCGGACAGUAUAAAGUUAAGUAGGGGAGGGGAUGUAAAAGCCGGACCGACGUCAGUCCCUGGGGUGGACCUCGACUCGCAUUGGAUUCCAUUCUGGGUGGAUAUGAGGAAACCUGGACGAAUCGUUAUCGGGACUGGUGCUACGGUGUUGAUCGAGUUGACAGAAAAUAUUCAACCCUUGCCUCUCCUGUGGUUUUUGGCCACAGUUUCGGGGGAAAAAGUCAUUUACUGCGGCAAAAAAGACCGUUGCCAUGACGACAGCACCUAUUUCUGGCCCUUGGAUAAGCUAUCCAACAACAGAGUGUACGGAACCAGAAGCCGCACCUAUUUUCUAGCGUCUGGUUCCGUUACAAUGAACACGACCGGCCCAGCGUUGUCGAGAGGGCAAAGAACAGCUCUUCUUCUUUCCAAUGGCUUUGUCGACCUAUACUCUCCAACAUCGUGUCUUUACAAGCAGGACUUUUGCAGCGAAGGGCUAUCGUUCUCGAUAUGGCUGAAGAUCGAAUCUUUAUCUACAACUGCAAGCUAUUUCCUGUCCGGUGGAAAAGGGAACCAGGGCUUUUCGAUUUAUGCACCAAUGGAAGCAGAUCGCGUUGACAAUAAUAACCCGGUCGAGAUCGAAUUUCAAAACAGCGAUGUACAAUGGCGGGUCUCUGCGCCGUUUUCCCUGGCAACCUGGCAUUUCAUAGCCUGUUCAUGGAGUGCCGCGGAUGGACCGACUUGCCUUCUGGACCUGAACACUGUCCUCAAUGGAAAGCAAAGAUUUGCAAGUUCUACUUUCGGACCGCUUUCAUUGGGGAAAUCUGCAAUGAUACCAAACAGCUUUGCACAUUCAUCCGUCAGCAGUCUGGCGAUUUGGGAAAGAAAACUUACAAAUUCAGAUUUCCAGGCGUUGUAUAAUUGCAUGGGAAUUAAACCACGGACUAAAGCCAGUGAAGAACUUGGAAUUGAGAACUUCCGGAUACCAGACAGUUCCUUUACCGCAUCAAGCUCUACCGAAGAUGGUCUCCCCCAUUUUGCCAGGAUGUCUUUAGGCGGUUGGAUAAGUAGUGUAUCGGAUGCAAAUCAGUAUCUUCAAGUCGAUUUUGUCACGACUAUGGAAAUAAACAAAGUUCGUCUCAAAGGCAACGUUGAAUUAGAUGCUUAUGUAAAGAAAUUCAUGUUAGCAGAAAGCAAAGAUGGCGUCGCAUGGAUUACAGUGAAGACUUCCAGUGGGAUAGACAAGAUAAUGUCUGGCAAUGUGAAUCCUUCCAUUUUGCGGGAGGUAAACAUUGGGAAAUAUCUCGUUACAAGAUGGCUACGAGUUCUUCCAACCUCGUAUCACAAUAGGAUUGCGUUGAGACUGGAGCUAGUUGGCAAGCAAGACUACGCUAACAGUCUUGGAUGCCUUCCCGCGUCUUCCGUCGUCACCUCCCGUUACCCUAUCGAGUCUGGUUCGGAUCCAUUCAGCUGCAUGGUCGGAUGCGGUCGGACUACGUCGCCUUACGCAUUGCUCGCCGACAGCGGCGACUGCUAUUGUGCCGACAAACUCGAGUCGACCGACUACGUUUUUGAUGCAAUGUGCUCAACGCGUUGUCGGAACAAGAAGAUGUUGAAAUGCGGUGGAAAAUUGCAUUUUUCGGUUUAUCAGGUUACCGAGUUUGCGAACAACACUUUCCAAUUCUCAGCUCCGACAUGGAUUAAAGAGAAUACGGCCGCUACGUUUUCGUUUACGUCCAUCGCUGGGACUGUUUUUAAAGUUUACAGAAAACGUUCGUCUCUUUCAACAACUUCAUCGCAGGUAGAACUAACCUUCCAGGAUCUUGGAGUCGAAGUGGUCGUCAUUGAAGCUGAAACAAGCGGGCUUUUCAAAAGAAAAUUCCAAGUCCGACAUUCCAUUCUGGUCAUCACGGUAGCCAAAGGUCUUAGCCUUGAAUGCCCGGGUCUUAUCAUCGCAAAUCGUCCGUACGAAUGUACUUUGACUGGCUUUACUGGUCCGAUAGAUGUGUUCAGUUACAGCAUGAAUGCUGCGGAACUAGAUACCCCGAUGCUUCCAAUGGGCUUCAUCGGCACAGUUGGCGGAAUUCACUACAAAAUUCCGAACAAAGAACAAACACAAAGCGGUCUGUACUUCGUAUCAACCUUCGUCGAAUUAGGCGUUGUUUCAUCUAUCGAGGUCAACGUUGAAAGCAUUGGCAAGCUCUCCGUUUUGAUCCUUCGCCCAGUCUGUGGAACCGGCGUUUAUCGAGAAUAUUGUGACGUGAAUAAAAACUGUACACUCGCAAAUCCAGUGUGUGUUGAUCUAUCCGGGUACACGUGCGAAGAUAAAAUGCUUCACUUGCCGUCCGGCAGAUGUUUUGAAAAGGACAAGUAUGAAUGUCAAGGAACCGCCACAACAUCUAAGUUUAUCCCUCAAAAAUAUCACAAGUACGAGGUGGUUUUUAAAAAGCAGGUUGAAUUCUCCAAAGUUGGACAACACCAAGUAUUAGGUGAGGGUGAGACAGUUGACGUGCGCGAGAAAGACGUCGUGGGCGUGUAUUACCCAUCGUCCCAAGCGGCCAAUCUGACCGUGGAAAGUUAUACGGCAUACGAAGGAUUUCUCCAAGUGGAAGCAAGCAAUCUCGUCAAAGGCGGUUAUGUCACAGCUUCUGCGAAAAACACCAAGCUCGUCCACAUGCAGCAUUCCCUCAAGGCUCGCUACUACGUCCCGCAAACCCGAAUUUUCCCGAUCUCCCUCGCUCCGGGCGUCCACCACGCCGCGAUAUCGCUCGACAAUGCGAUCAACAAGUUCCAGACUUCUCAAGAAAUUGUCUCCGCGCAACCGAUCGUCGACGUAGCCUGGAAACUAGAAGCCAUUGCGGCGACCAACGACGUCUACACAAUAACAGCAAGUGCAAAAGUGGGGACGAAUGUAACUUUUUUAGUGCAUUACGAUGACGGAAGCACGGAUAAUUUCUUUCAGAUGAACGUAUCACAACCAGUUGUCUUCACCCACGUUUACACCUCUCCUGGGUAUAAAUUUAUCAAACUGCGCGCGUUUAAUCAUCUUUCAGACGAUACCGAACAAUUUACGCUGCUCAUUCAGGAUUACAUUAAGGAUGUGAAUCUCUCGUCGCCCGUCAAACCGGCCAGGCUUACACACAUCACCGCUAUCGACUGGUAUAUCGACAGCGGUUCUCGUGUCACAAUUGAAAUUGAUUUGGGCGACGGAACGAAGUUCCUCAACCAAUCUCUGGACAUAAACGGAGUGCUUAAACGACCCAUACGCCAUGUUUAUGCGAACCCUAUCGAGUACUGGGUGAACAUAACCGCGUAUAACCUGGUGAAUAGGAUUCAACUUUACUUCAUGAUCAUCGUGGAGAUCCCGAUCGUGGAUCUCACGUCACGCGUGAUCCACGCAAAUCGUGAUAUCGAAGUCAAUGAAACAGUCGAGAUUAAAUUAACCCAACUCAAUGGAACGAACGUGAUCCAUUUCUUCGAUUUCCAAGAUAAGUCUAGCCUUCUGACACGUGAAACCAGUAUCUUGAAGAACUACAGUUAUUGGGCCGUAUUUCCGGUAAAUAUAACCGCGUGGAACAACGUCUCGUGGGUGACCUGGACCCAACCUAUUAAAGUGCAUAAGCCAAUCAUCGUGCUGACCGGUUUUGUAAUUGCGACAUCGCCCACCAAUCAUACAGAUGCUGUAAAAUUCGACUUCGAUAUGAAGACCGGUUCCGAUUUCAACUGCACCUGGGAUUUCGAUGACGGAGCGUUUGGUCACUCCAGCUAUUGGAUCACGGAUGAAGAGGUGUACAAAUGGCCGAUAACUCACCAGAAAAUUUAUCACAUGUUUCCUGGCAUUGGCGUGUACCACGUUCGCAUUAAUUGUACCAACAGACUCUACCCCAUCACCGCCUCCACCAUCUCAAUUGUACAAGUUCCUGUCAUUGGAUUCAAAUUUGACCAGCCAGAUCCUCAACCAAAUGACGAAGAUCUCGUGGUGAAUUUCACAGCCGCCACGGGCACCAACAUCAGUUACACCGUGACGUUUUAUCACAUCUGGGAAAAACGCGAUAUCCCUAUAACGGAUGUGACCAUCUCUCCAGACACCCUCAAGGGAACUGCGGUCAUCGACAAGAAGCACUUCACAGAUCGUGUCGGUUACUACAACGUGAAGAUAACAGCCGUUAAUCUCGUGACGCCGCUUCAAACUCGCGUACGGACGGUCACGAUCGAUCGUCCGAUUCGUGACCCCAAAUUAUCAUUCACGCGAAAUACGUGGAAACGAAUCACACUGAACUACACGAUCCACGCAGAUGGCUCGAACGUGACCAUCAAGUGGGAUUUCAACGAUCCGUACGCGGGUCCACUCAGCUUCCGUCAGGAAUGGUUCCAAGGGGUAUUUACAAGCGAUGGCUGGACGGUGUGGCAUAAAUUUGACCACAGUGGAUAUUAUGUAAUCGAUGUAACGCUCACGAAUAGCUUGGGCACCGUUACUACGACAAAACAAGUUAAAGGUGAAUUCGGCGUGUAUUUGGUUGGCGUCACGGACUCUCCACGUCCCCUGCCUCCGGGUCGAAUGAAUUUCACGUUCUUCCCUAUUCCAGAGAGGUACUAUUGGCACCCAACUGACGCGCAUAUGGAAAUGCAGUUUGGAGAUGGAAAAAAUUAUUCGGGACCUUAUAAUUCGACCGUCAUACAUUUCUACGAAAGCUGGGGUCUGUUCCACGUGAACUGUACCAUAAUGAACAAGAUCUCUUGGGGAUUUUUCACGUUUGAAGUGGAAAUACAACGUAUCAUACAAGGACUAAAGCUCACUCCUUUUCACAGCGCCGGCGAUGCUGGCUACUUCGGUCCGGCUCGUGGGCCCAAUCUUGAUCGCCUACCUUUGGAAUACGACGUGAUAUGGAACGUGACUACGUCCGACGGCACGAACAUCACAUACACUUAUCAAUUUGGGGAUGGCGACGAAGAAGUGACGCAAAAUGCUACAGUUUUUCAUAAGUAUCGAGAGGUAGAUUAUUUCACAGCGACCGUUACUGCCGUGAAUGCGGUGAGCAAGGGAUCCACGACAUUCAAAAUUCGCAUUCAACAAAUCGUCAUUGGAAUCGACAUCGAUAGUAAUUGCCCUCGAAAGAUCGAUCAUCCGACCACGUUUCGUGUGACAAUUGAUCAAGUUGGAACAGAAUCGUGUUAUCUGAUUCGAUUCGGAAACAACAGUCAUAAUUACCUCUACAAGGAUGCUCCAGACACGUUAUGCGAACAGAGUUUCCUCGACCAAGUGUCUCCAGGCCAUACCUACGUCUUCAGUGGAAAGUCUUUCGUUCUGAAUUAUACGUACGCGUUUAUCGACGUGUAUUGGCCCCGUUUGAUUGGUUCAAAUUUGGUGUCGAAGCUUUGGAAGUUCCACAAGGCUGUGGUUGUCUGGAAUCACUGCGAUUAUCCCAAAAUCGAUAUUUUUAACAUCGGAAAGAAUAGGACAACGGCGACUGAUGUUUUACGGUCGCAGGUUUUCAUGGUUGACACGCAGAAUAUCGUCCUUUGUAAAGCUUCUGUGACAACUUCUUUUCUAUGGGAGGUCUACGAAGUGAACCCCGUUGAAGGCGGUAAUGACACGCUGUUUAUCUUUGCUUCAAACGUCGCCGUUAACAACCCAAGAUUCCGCAUCGAUAUCCGCCUAUUACCAUACGGUUUGUAUAGAAUGUUUACGAUCACUAUGCUAGGCAUUGACGGGGUAGUCGGUUUCGACAACGGUUUCAUUCGGAUCAUUGAAUCCCCGUUGAUCGCAACAGUCAACGGUGGUUCGGGCAUUUCAAAAGGCUACGCGCAAAAUGUGACAAUCGAUGCAUCUGGUUCCCAGGACCCGGACGUCGGGCCGGGAUUUUACGAGAAUAUAACAUUGAUCUGGGAGUGCCUGGUCGAAGGGAUUCCCAACACGCUAACCCCGCAGGAAAUCAGCGCUGCGGAGGUGAAGUCUGGCUGCUCAGGCGAUGGUUUUAGUGUUUUAAAGAAUGGAAGCGCUGCCGAUUUGGUGUACCUAAAUUCGAAUUUCACCGUCCUCCCGAACGUGAACUACGCUCUACGGUUCACGGUUAUAAAGAAUCAUCGUCGUAUGAGGUCGUACUUCAACAUCCACACACGUGAAAAAGAUGUUCUCAAUGUUUUUGUCAAAUGCCUUCAGAACUGCAAAAAGAAACGAGUUUCUGCCGUGAAGCUGGCUUACACUGGCGGCAUCCGUGGUCUCGAAGAUCCUGAAAUAUUGAAGCGUGUGACGUAUAAGUGGAAGCUCUACGAGGCGCCAGAACGUGGUCGACUUUAUCGCAUUCGUAACGACGCGUGGAAAGUGGUGAAGACUUUUGAAACAGAUUUCGUGAUAACGGCAACCACAAAAGAUACGGUGGUCAUCGGGGAAAAAGUUCUUUUGCCUACAUCACGAUAUCGUUUGAGGCUUUACGUCACGCUGGAUGAACAGACUGGUUUCGCUGAAGAAGAACUAUUCAUGAACCAGCCUCCUAGCGGUGGAGAGUGUGUGAUAGAUCCUGCAGAAGGCUACGCGCUGGACACAGAAUUUCGCGUCUCUUGCUCGGGCUGGAGCGACCAAGAUGUCCCGUUAUCGUACAAGUUCGCUUACAAAACAAGCGAUGAAGACUUCGAACAGUUGAUAUACUUUGGAUCUAAAAGUAAAACGCCACCCGUCAAACUUCCCCUGGGCAAAGCUCACUUGAACUACUCCAUACAAGUCAUCGUAGAUGCUGCUGAUUCAUUACUAGCUCCUAAUGUAACAAUCCUGAACGUCACGGUCACGGCUAAGCCUAUUACAAGUCUCGCAGAAUUUGAGACGCAUAUGCUUCACAUGAUAUCCAAGGAUGGACCACUGGGAAAUAUGAUGGCCUCGGGUGAUGCUCAUAGCGCAACACAACUUGUGGGAGCGUUGAGUUCUCUUCUUGACAAUCUUGCGAACAGUAACAGAACUUCGAAACUUCAGUUAGAGAUAGACGCGCUGGAGGCCAUUGAUAAAGAGCAGUUGAAACCAGAAGAGAUUGACGCAAUUAAUCAACAAAUCCAAAUUCUUCAGGAAGCCGAUAGAAUUCAAGUUCAGAAUGAAACGGCUAUUCGUGUUAAGAUGAGGAAAAUAAUGGAAAAUGUUGUUUCCGAUAUACCAAUCGAUAGCGUUGAAGCCAUCCGUGAAAAAGCGACAGCCAGUGCGUCAUUGUCAAACACUCCUAACGAAGUCACAGCAGAAAUGCAGGACAGUGCAAUGAACGCGGCGAAUCAAAUGAUCGCUUUCCUUGGCAACAGCACUCAGUCAGAAGAGCCCCCGAACCCGCAGGAUACUUACAACGCUGCUGGUGGACUUAUCAACACACUUGGAAACUCGAUGGAAGCGUCUAUAGAGACUGGAAAAAGCUACAACGCCUCAGAUGACGGUGGUGAUAACACGACAAAGACGGAUAGUGCUAGCAAAGGUCUCGUUACAAAAGCGAUGGAGAACGUCGAGAAUUUAGCUUCGGCCGUUUUGACGCAGAAAUUUGCCGGAGAACCGGCGACCGAGGUAAAAACGGAGCGCUUAUCCAUGGCCGUGCAAAGGGCUGAUCCAUCGGAAAGCGGGAAUAUUGGGGCGAACACAGGAGGUGGAAACUUCAUGAUGCCGAAUGUCGGAGCUUUGUUCGGUAUUGACGGCAACGAUACGAAAAAAAUACCACCUGUUGAUACUAAGGCUGUUUCAAAUUCGAAGAAUCCAUUCGCUUGGGACUCGACUUCGUCGAAAGUGAAGAGCAAGGUUAUGACGAUGGAAUUGAAGAACGCCUCGGGCCAUCCGAUCAAAGUGAGCAACCUAUCCAAGCCGAUUGACAUGUGGGUGCCACGUGGAAUGUCCGUGGAUUUCUCGUUUUACGCCGUGAACCACGGCAGGUUUCUGUACAGAGCAUUUCCCGUCGUGGAGAACGAUACCUCGAUACAAGUCGAGAUUCUCGCCGAAGACAACAACACAGAACUCAUCGCUUAUUUGCGCUUCGGAAAAUUUCCGACCGAGGAAAAUUAUGAUUUUAAAUACGUGCUGCCGAGACGUGUGUUUCCCGUCAAGCACUCGGGGAAUGGAACCGCGAACAAGACAAAAACCGGUCGGGAAAUAAACCCUUACAUCUUGUUCCGGUCUAACGAGGACCUAAACAGAACAGCCGCGGGAAAGUAUUACAUUGGCGUGAAGUACAACGGGACAUUUGACCCGCUGUACGAGGCUGUUAUCUCUGGUGGGAAAAUAACAUAUAAAGAAUUCAUUCCACCGAUUGCAAAUUUCACGAUGAGAACCUUUACUUCGUCUUGUUUGUACUGGAGCAUCGAGAAUGACACUUGGAAAAGCGACGGAUGUGUUGUCGGUCCAAAGACAGCUAUGGACGGAACACAAUGUUUAUGUACGCAUCUGACAUCGUUCGGUGGAGAUAUGGUCGUUGCUCCUAAUACGAUUGACUGGAGUGCGAUAAGCUUGGAUAAUCUUUUCAGCAAUCCUGUCGUAUUCGCCGUCGUGAUGUCGUUCAUUUUUCUGUAUUUUAUUCUGCUUAUUCCCGCUCGUAGACAGGACAAGAAAGAUUUGGAAAAGCUUGGCGUGGUUCCAUUACCUGAUAACGACCCUCGUGAUCAAUACAGCUACGAAAUCACCGUCUACACUGGGUUCAGCGCCGAGGCCGGAACGACGGCAGAUAUUUUCUUCAUCUUGGAAGGAACGCGAGACGAGACGCCGGUGAGAAUGUUAAAAGAUCCGAGCAAAAACAAAAUCUCCGUUGGGAGCAUCAACUACUUUCUGUUAACCGUUCCUUCGUCUUUGGGGAAAUUGAGAAGCCUUCGUAUCUGGCACAAUAAUGGUGGCAGUUCUCCAUCUUGGUACUUACUACGUCUGAUGGUUCACGAUAUCCACAGAGAUACCAAGACGUGGUUCCUCUGCGAUCGUUGGCUGGCUGUUGAAGAAGAUGACGGUCAGAUUGACCGAGUCCUCCGACCGGCAGGCGCCGAAGACCUCACGAAGUUCAACCUCUUGUUCCAAAACGAAGCUCGUAAAAACCUCUCCGACGGACACAUCUGGUUCUCGGUCGUCAAGAGACCUGCCCGCAGUAACUUCACACGUGUACAGCGGCUGUCGUGUUGUCUGUGUAUCCUGCUGACCACAAUGCUUGCAAACGCAAUGUUCUACCAAAACGACCCGUCGUCGUCUGGCGAUGGUGUACUUAAGGUGGGUCCGUUGAGCUUUUCCAUACAGCAGCUCUCUAUCGCUAUCACGAGCAGUUUGGUUGUGCUUCCUGUCAACUUGUUUGUCGUCUGGAUCUUCCGAAAUGCACGACCAAAGAAAACGGCGAAAGAAAAGCAAAAGGAAGAAGAAGCCAAAUACGAAUCGCGGAAAAAAAAGAACGUUAAAGAAUCAAAAUCGAAAAAAGGAAAAGAGGAAAAAGAUGGGAAAAAGAAGUCUUCUUUGCCUCACUAUAUGAUUUACGUCGCAUAUUUCGCGAUAUUCAUCGCCUGCUCUGUAUCCGCCACGUUCACCGUUUUCUAUGGCCUGACGUUUGGCAAAGCCAAGUCCGAAGCGUGGAUCUCAGCUAUGAUGAUCUCGUUCUGGCAAGACGUGCUCAUCUCGCAACCGUUGAAGGUCUUUGCCGCUGCAACGCUGUUUGCGCUCAUUACCAAAGACCCGAAGAAGGCAACUGGGGAGGAUGAUGAAGAUAAAUUACCAUCGCCAGAGCUUCAAGAGGACGAGGAAUACACGGAGAGGAACAUGGAAGGUCGAGGUUUGGUAUCAAUGGCCCGAAUUGACCCUAAACCACUGGAUCCACAGAAACUUCAGGAAAGCAGGGAUUUAAAACUGAAACAAAAAAAGAUGAAAUAUAUUCUUUACGAUAUAAUCUGGUACUUUAUAUUCGUGAGUGUCCUACUGAGCGUUGCCCAUGGUAACAAGGAUAAGGUUGCCUACGACACUACCUCCACCAUGUCAAGCAUGUUUGAAGGAAGCAGUUACACGAAUUGGAUUGAUUUUGGCGAGAUAACCGAUCCUAAACUGUUCUGGUAUUGGAGUCGAUACACCUUAUUACCCACACUUAUCCCAAACCAGUGGUAUGGUCCAAAUCAAAUCCUAGAAAACGUGGUCUGGGUCAAAAGUGAUCCGCUGAUCUCGCGUUCUCGGGGCGCGCGUAGCCGAUUGAAUUUGAACAAAAACAAGGUUCGCAAGAUUCAGGGGCGACCAGGCGAGUUCCCAGACAUGAGCAUCGUGCUGAAUAAUACCUUUCCAUUCCCGGAACAUUUCGUAGCCGACCGUGCGACGGACUAUACCGUCGGAGUCGCGAGAUUCAGACAGCUGAGAGUUAAACCAAAUCAAUGUUCAAUUCAUCCGGCAUUUCAACACAUGUUCCAAGAGUGUAACAGUUUCUACAGUUGGGAGAAAGAAGACGAGGGUCAGUACCUGGAGGGGUGGGUGAAAGACCCCAAGGCGAAGAUCAAGAAGAAUGAUACAGCCACUGAGAAACAGAAAAAUGCUUGGCAAUACAAUACCGCUUGGGAACUGAAAGGGACGCCAUAUUGGGCAUCAUUUUCAACAUACUGGGGAGGAGGUUUUGUCGCUGACUUGGGUCACAACGAAACCUUGGCGAUGAACAUGACUGCCUACUUGCAGGAAAAUGAUUGGCUCGACCGUUACACUCGGGCAAUAUUCUUAGAGUUCACGACAUACAAUCCGAACGUGAACAUGUUCUGUCUAAUCACACUCGUUUCCGAGAUCAUUCCCACCGGUGCCUACUAUCAGUUCAAUCAAAUAUACCCAGUGAGACUCUAUCGUUACUACGGACCAAAUCUUUUGGCAAUCAUGGUGUUAGAAAUCACCCUUAUGACCUUCCUACUUUACUUUGCUUAUCGCGAAUUCAAGAAAUGGCGCCGUGAGGGAAGGCUGUAUUGGAAAGAUGCGUGGACGUACAUGGAAUUGCUCGUUCUCUCUUCUUGCUUCUCAACAAUCGGUCUUUACUUCGCUCGUAUGGUCGCGACUAACUAUUCUAUCGGUUUAAUGCGAGAUGAUCCACAAUCCUUCGUGAGCUUCCACUACGCAGCUGCGUUGGAUCAAUGGUCGACGUUCACCUUGGGAAUGGCUGUGUUCUUUUCGUUCCUGAAGACGCUCAGCUUGCUGCGUUUCAACAGACGAAUGUCGUUCAUGAGCAAAACAUUGAAGAUAUGCUAUAAACCGCUUGCGUCUUUCUUCCUUGUAUACAUCGUCGUAUUCUUGGCCUACGCUUCGUUCGGGUUCAUCGUCUUUGGUAAAAUCGCUCCGGACUAUCACACAUUCCAGUCGUCAAUGGCAAACGUACUCGGCAUGACUCUGGGCGCUUUCAACUUCCAUGCCCUGGUCGAAGCGCACCGAGUUCUUGGUCCAAUUUUCUUCUUUACUUUCACGUUCGUCGUCAACUUCAUCCUGAUCAACGUCUUCGUUGCCAUCAUCUCGGAAGCGUUGAAUUCGGUGACGUCCGACGCCUCAAACCAGUCGAACGACCACGAAAUUCUCGACUUCAUGGUCCACCAGUUCAAGUCGUACAUCGGAUACAGAGUUUCGCCGGCGAUAAAGCCCGUGUACGUCGAGCCGUUGUCGGGAGUCGACGAGUCCUUCGAUCAGAUUGAAAAGAAGACGGAGAAGGUUGAAAUGGCAUUUCGGAAUCUCUGCAUGGAAGAGAUUCGCCAUGCGAGCUGGUUCGAUCCGGAGAAAUGUGCGAACAAAAAGAAGCUCCUGCUGCGAUUGCUGCUUCACGUCGACAACGACAUGACGGAGACGGAGGUAUGUGACGCUAUCCCUCUCUUCGAUGAGGUGAUGCGUGCUUACACCGAGAAAGAUUUCAAGAACUGGCUUGUGGAAUAUGGCGAAGAAUUUGACGAUGCAAUGACGAUGCGUAGUUCGGUGUUGUUCUCCCGCGCGACUCUCUACGAUUCCGACGACAGCAGUUCGGGCGACGAUUCUGAUGACUCGCUUGAAGAAGGAAGAUGGUCGCAACUCUCCGGUACCACCGUGGCUUCCGUUGACGAAAGAAAUCUGUUUUCAGGCGCAAGUGAAGUCCCCGACGCACGGAUUGGAAGCGUCGAAGGGUACUAUCAAAGAUACAACGAAAGGCCUCCGUCGACGGCCGAGAGGUUCUGUCGGACGCCGAUGACGGACUCAACGACAUCUCUGAAUGCGAGCAUGUCUUAUAUCGACCGGUUACUUCAGCAAGACGAUGAUUCCCAGAGACUGUUUAUCGAGGGGGGCGAUGAGGGGGGAAUGGAACCCGAGGAUUCGGACGACGACGAUUUCAAGGAAGUUGAAGAAGAAUUGAUGAAAAUGAGAACACCUGAACCAGCGAGUGACACGGAGGAACGCGCCGAAUUUUGGAUGUCGAACUUGAAGCCGACCACCCCGGAGGAAAUGGAGCAAGGAUCGAGCGUGGAACUCUACAGAACGAGUCCUAGAGAUGAUUUGCCGCUCUUUGAGAGAUCCCUCAAUUUAGGAAAGAACAAAAACAAUGAAUAUAAUGUAUUUGUGGAGGAAUUCAGCGAUUAGUUAAACAGCAACAUUGCCUUGUUCAAACUGGUUACCUUUUGCAUUGUUUUUACUGCAUGGGAACACUGUAUUUUCUCAAAUCAGUUCUGCCAAACCAGAAAAUGUCUAAGUUCACAGUUUCAUAUUAAAUACUACCAGUAAAGUAGCAGUCGUAGAAAGUUUUAAAAUAUUUCAUGUUCACUAAAGAAACGCUUUAAAAUGUGAACAAUAGUUUCUAAAAGAUCCUCGCUUAUUGGCAGCCAGAGAAAAUUUCAAAAAUAUCUUGAUGUUUUCUAGUUUUUCCAUGACGUUGAAGCAUUUAAACGUUGAAGCAAUUUUAAACUAUUUUAUAUAUAUCUCGUCAUGUGUUGUUAAAUGACUUCAUACUUACCUAGAUCCAAGUUUUUCGUAGACAUUAUGCACAGUAUCUUAAUAAGAUUUUUUGACAAGCUGAGUAUUGCAGCAGCCUUCAGAAGAAUUUGCACGAUUAUUGCAAGCAUAAAAAUAAAGCACGGUAAUAUAAUUGCCAUAGUGUAAUUUUUAAUACGAAAUAUUGUAAGAAAUAUGAUGUAAUAAUUAAGCGCUUAUUAAAGUUAUUUUGAAUCAUCUUAA